UUUUUUAAGAAGGAGAUGCUCUCGUUCUUCCUCUUGAUAAACCCAUGCUAAACUGAGCCAGUGGGGGGAGAGACAGAGAGACGGUGAGAGCAAAGCACGCAGGGUAGGCUAUGGCCGCUGCCGCGGCCAAUUUGCUCUCCUGCACCUCAUCCUCCUCAGCUCUUCAAUGUCCUAGACCUGGAAGGACUUCUUCGCUAUCAUGUUCUUCCUUUUGGAAAUCUGGAAUUAUUGCGCCUGCGGCUGGCUGUUCGAUUCGCUGCUUCUCAACUUCAUCCUCCAACGGUAGGCCAGAAGGAAGGGAGACUGAGGACUUGGCCGUCAAGGAGGUGGAGCAAAUCCUGGAGGAGAAGCGGCGGUCCGAUCUUGCUGCACGUAUCGCCUCCGGGGAGUUCACCGUCCAAAAAUCUGGUUUUGUCUCGAUGCUGGGGAAUGGGCUUUCCAAGAUUGGGCCGGCUGGAAAGUUCUUAGGUGAGCUGUUAGUUAAAUUGGGCGACAUCGUUGAGGAUGGUGAGCGCAUGGCGAUUCCUCAGGCGAAGGGGUCAUUCAGAGCUGUUGGAGGGCAGGCCUUUUUCAUACCUCUUUACGAGCUUUACCUUACUUAUGGCGGUAUCUUUCGCCUCACAUUUGGGCCCAAGUCUUUUUUGAUAGUUUCUGACCCUGGAGAGGGGAAUUGGAAAUCCAAAAAUAAAUUCCCUGGAUGUAGGAAAUUAAUUAGCUGUCUAUGGCAAAGGAAAAAUUCGGGUAAGAGGGAUUUGAGGGAGUUUGGAUUAUUUCCUAAAACUCGGAUGGGAAAUUUAGGAGAUAAAGGAGACGGGGGGAAGAAAUAA